GGUUCUCACAGGCAAGUGUUUUGUUGACUAGCAGAACUAGUUACUCUAUGAAGCGCUGACCUUACCGUUUUAUUGAUAGAAGUGGAAAAAAAAUAUGAAUAAAUUAAAAACCAGGAGAACCUCCCCUGGUAGAUAACCACAUGAUAGAUCGCUUCCUUAUAUGUCUUUUUUUCCAUAUGUAUAUAAUUAUAGGUAUGUGAGCAUAAUACAUCCGUGAUUUGUUUUUAUACGUAACAGUUCUAUUAGGAGCAUUUUCUCAUUAGAUCACCUUCUAAGACACACAUCUCUAACGCUUAACAUUUUAUAUUAAGAGUAUAGCCAACUUCUUUAACUAUUUCUUCAGGCAAGAUGUUAUCAUGGGUGAAUGACAUACCCCAGAGACAUGGAGGCUUGCAACUCCCAAUUAGUCUGUGGCAUGUUAAUUUCUCUGUGUGUGUGCCUCAGUUGUCUUAUUUCAGGGUGGAGGAGAGGGGCCUGAUGCCUGCUAGCAAACCUGGUAAUCUAAGUUCAACUCUCGGCACACACAUGAUAGAUGGAGAGAGCUGACUCUCGCAAUUGUUCCCUAACCUCGCACGCACGCACGCACGCACGCAUGCACCCGCACACGCGCAAUAGUAAAUGUAGAGUAAAUAAAAGCAGAGGAGAGAGGCCAUUAGAUGAGCCGCAUGGACGGCGUCUAAAACAACAGUGGGCUGAUUUUGACCAGGCCACACAAGACGUGAGGAAGCUGAAAAGCAGACCUGAAGAUGAAGAGCUCAAAGAACUCUAUGGGCUCUACAAACAGUCCAUCAUUGGAGACAUCAACAUUGGUGCGUGUCCAGCAAUGUUAGAUUUGAAGGGCAAGGCCAAGUGGGAAGCAUGGAGCCUCCAGAAAGGGUUGUCGAAGGAAGAUGCCAUGAGUGCCUAUAUUUCUAAAGCAAGAGAGCUGAUUGAGAAAUAUGGGAUUUAGAAUUUGACAGGGAAGACAGAUCUCCUUUGGAAGCCUUCACACAGCAUCAUGACAUUUAGGGGAAAAUGCAUUAGUAACUCUAAAAAUCAUGUGUAUUUUUCCUAUUAGCAUGAAUUCUAAUACUUAGGACUGUGUCAACAUAGUUACCUAGUUUUACUUGCUUGUGCAAGGUGACUUUUUAAAAGUUCCUUUUCAAAAAUUGUUUUGUAGUAUGCAUAUAAACUUGAAUAAAUAUCUGUUCCUUUUUUUGCA